AUGCAUACCCACAUGAUCUACACAACUAUACAUACUUCAUUCGUUCAAAAGCACAGCGCGAGUCACAAGUUUACCACUACUCAAAGCUUUUCAUCUGAUGAUGGAAGUCUUUUGGCGUUCUUGCGACAGCAGGGCUGCGUUUUGGGCGGUUUGUCCCUGAAGAAAAGAUGGGUGGGAAAGCAGAAGAUCCGACGUGGAAGUAGGAUACAUUUGGAGAUCGUGAUGGACUCAGAUGGCAUCCAUACAUGGAAAAGGGCGGUCGGUUCAGAAUAA